AAAAGUUAUGGUGAUAAAAGUAUGUUAGUUUAUCUUUUUAUGUUAAAGUCCCUAACUUAGCGUUAGCUAACAUAACGCUAAAAUUGAGUUUCACAAAUCAAUGUCAGGCCCAAUGUUAACUAACGCUACUUUUAAGUAAAUCAAUGUUAGUUGCUAGGGACAUUUCCCAUAAUGCAUUUGGUCCUCAUAUUGAAAGCAAGACAUGCAAGAUGGCUGCCUCCAUAGAGAAUCAUUCAUCUCAAAAGACAAAAAGGGAGAGAAAACCAAAUUUUUCACACUCAGAAGCCGAAGUUUUAGUCGAUGUUGUUAUAAAUGAACUUGGGAUCUUGCGAUCCAAGUUUUCGUCAGAUGUGACAAACAAAAUGAAAAAAAACAAAUGGGAUGAAAUUGCCCUAAUGGUUAGUUCCUUGGGAGUGGCCACAAGGACCGGGGAUAACUGCAGGGAAAAAUGGAACCAGCAGCUUUCAAAGGCGAAAGAGAUCCAUUCCCUGCAGCAAAAACACCAGAGAGGGACUGGCGGAGGGGGAAAGAUGCCACAGGCCGACCCUACACUGCAGAGAAUAAUAGAAACAUUCGAAAAAGACGCAGCAUUCAGAGGCAUCACUGGUGGAUUUGAGUCUGCAGUAAAUCAAGCUGCAGAUGUUGAUGUCGACUGCUCAGAUGCAGUGGUUGUGGCAACCUUUGAUCGUCAACCACAGGAAACACACACAGAGGGAGCCACAAUAAUUCUUGAUUCUCAACAGACGAUGACAGCCACUGCAAUGACUGCCCCAAAAUCUCCAGCCAAAAAGAAGGCCAAACUGUGCAAAGUCACUGGUGCCAGGAAAGCACAUGCGAAGGGUCUGCUGACAGACGCCAUGUGCCGACAGAAGACUCAGCAGGAUGUAUUUAACAUGCAGCUUGAGGUCCUUGAGGCAACUCUUGUUACGCAGAAGGCCACAACACGUACUCAGGAAGUUCUUCAGAAAGAGGCUGGCCUUCGAAUAGAAAAGCUACAGCUGGAGAUUGCUCUGCUGAAGGAAAAGGAGUUCUUGGGUCUGUCGGGCAUUGAACUGUAAAUUUAUGUGUAAAUAGUAUCUAU